UACGAGAGUACAGUCUUGAUAUCACGGGACAGGGAGGGAGAGCACCCACUAAUCAAUCAAUACCAGCACUACUGGUACUGUACACAACUGGAUAAUGAUAACAACCAAACCAAUCAACAACACCAGCAAACGGACAGUGAAUACUCGCCCCGCGAACCCCCACCUCCGCCCCCACGACAACAUCCACUUGAAGAUCAUACAGAGGAGGGGGAGGGGGUGGACAUCGAUGACCCGGCGCUAACCUCGUGCGGUGUGGGCUCGUGGCGGCCCCUAUGGCUACAGGUGUUCGCCAGUCCAGUGUUUUUUACCCUGAACUUUGCGCUGAUAGGUAUCAUACAGGGCAUGACCGGCACGUAUUUUGUCGGCUCGAUGAGCACGUUGGAAAAGCGAUUUGCCUUUGAUAGUAAAAUAUCUGGUACAAUUUUAAUCGCCGAUAAUUUUUCACAAAUGCUGGUGAGCCCAAUAAUUGGCUACUUUGGCAGUCGUUUCAAUCGGCCCCGAAUGAUAGCGACGGGUGAGCUGAUACUGGCCCUGUCGUGCUUCACAACAGCUCUGCCCUACUUUAUAUACGGCGCGGGCACUCACCUCUUGCACGACGACAACAUGCUGUCAACACUCGGCCGCAACGAAACGCGUUACGAGUUGUGUCCGGCAAACAGCGCCGACAUUGACUGCUCGGGCGGUAAGCACUCGACGGUAUGGCUGGCAGUGGUGUUGCUAUGGGCGGGCAGUUUCCUGAGGGGAUUGGGAUUUACUGCCUAUUUUGUGAUCGGCAUGCCUUACAUCGAUGAUAGUGUUAGCAAAAAGAACUCGCCCAUUUAUAUUAGCCUGAUCACAGCGCUCAGGCUUAUUGGACCGGCUGGUGGUUUCCUACUGUCCUCCCUGUCCCUACAUGAUCCUGGUGUCACACGGCGAGAUCCGAGAUUUAUUGGCGCAUGGUGGAUUGGGUUUACAGUGAUCGGUACCCUGUUGUUUUUUGCGGCGAUCCCGAUGUUUUUAUUUCCAAAGCAAUUCAAAAACGCAACGGUAAAGGCAAAGGAUCUAAAGGACAAUGUCAAGGGCUUUAAAGGAACAGCACAGGCGGUUAAACGGUUGGCCAAAAAUCCUAUCCUGAUGUUUCAUUUGGUUGGCAGUACUAUACGCUACAUAGGACUGGGCGGGUAUUACAUAUUCAAAACAAAGUACAUAGAGUCCAUGUACAGGCAGACUAGUUCCGGGGCUAGUUUCAUCACGGGCACCACCAGCAUACUGCCCAUGGCUGUGGGUAUUAUUCUGGGCGGUGUACUAAUUACAUUCGUCAAGCCCCGGCCUCGCACCCUGGUCAUUUAUAUGUUUUUAGUCGAACUAUUCUCCAAUGGGGGCAUUUUUACCGGGAUGUUUAUGGGCUGCCCGCCCCUUCAGUUACCACCAACCCAGUUAGUCAACAACGAAUACUCGAUGAAUGCCCAAUGUAAUCAAGGUUGCGAUUGUACGACCAGUAUAUUUACCCCGAUUUGCUCGGGCGCUGACCAAUCGACCACGUAUUUCUCGCCCUGUUAUGCGGGCUGUAAGACCAUAGAUAGAGUCGCUGGGACAUUAUCUGGGUGCUCGUGUAUAGGCCCUGACACGGUGGGCACUGCCACCACCGGCUACUGUCAGAGCGAUUCAGACAAUUGCGAUAAAUUAUAUACUUAUUUACUGGUGAUAACCCUCGGGUCGCUUAUAUCGUCAACGGCCAGGACUGGCAACUAUUUAUUAACGCUUAGGAGUGUUGACCCGAAGGACAAGAGCUUUGCUAUGGGAAUGAUGUCUACAUUUAUGGCUAUAUUUGCAUUCAUUCCCUACCCAUUAAUAUUUGGUGCGAUCACAGACUCCGCUUGCAUGGUAUGGGAGCGCACGUGCGGUAAACGUGGUAACUGUUGGCUGUAUGACACGGAUAAAUUUAAAAACUACCUACACGGCUCGGCAUUUGCUUUCAUGAUGGUCGGCUCUCUAUUUGAUUUGGGCAUUAUUUUUAUGUCUAAAAAGAUCAAAAACUUUUACGACGAGCCCGACAAGGAGAUUGAUGACCUGGAUAAAAAUCACCAAAUAGAUUCAGACAAAAAUGUUAUACAUAUGACCAAGAUGUCCGGCUUUGCUGCUGCUAUUAAUCCGAAUUACGAUAAUCAUUUUGAUAAUAAUAAUAAGGGUAUACUAUUCUGGUGGGCGUGUGAGAUAUCGUCACUGUAUACGUGUUCCAUGGAUGAUAAACAUGAUGACAAACAAUCGGGCAACAUGUGUGAGCACAGGGGAGACAAUGGCACCGCUGAUAUGGACUCGGAUGUGACGCUAUGCGGUGUGGGCUCGUGGCGGCCACAAUGGUUACAGGUGUUGGCCCGGCCCACAGUAUUCCUAUUCAAUUUCAGCCUAAUUGGUCUAAUCCAAGGCAUGACCGGUAGUUAUUUGAUUGCCUCUAUGAGCACUUUGGAGAGACGGUUUGCUUUUGACUCAACGAUCGCCGGAUAUAUAAUGAUUGCCGACAAUAUUGUGCAAAUGAUGUGCAACUUCUCCAUAGGGAACGGCCAGUUGCACGGCAAAAGUGUUCCCUAUAGGGAGGGUUCCUCUAAGGGAGACUUAGCCACGGGUGAGCUGGUGGUGGCCCUGUCGUGCUUUGUCAACGCUAUGCCAUAUUUUAUAUACGGCGCGGGCACUCACCUGUUGCACGACGACAACCUGCUGUCCAAACUGGCCCGCAAUGAGACCCGUUAUGAGAUGUGUCCGGCAAAUGGGGCCGACUUUAAUACGGGGUCGUGUGAUAAGCACAGGACGGUAUGGCCGGCCGUAGUGUUGCUAUUGGUGGGCAGUUCGCUGCGUGGACUCGGCUUUACGGCAUAUUUUGUGAUCGGUAUGCCGUAUAUGGACGACAGUGUAAGCAAACGCAGUUCAGCCAUCUAUUUAUCGCUCAUAUCGGCGCUCAAACUGGUGGGCCCGGCCAGUGAUAAUCCUGGUAUAUCGCGAAUGGAUCCGCGCUUUAUUGGCGCAUGGUGGCUUGGUUUUGUGCUUAUAGGCAUCAUGUUAUUUUUUGUCUCUCUGCCCAUGUUCCUAUUUCCAAAACAAUUGAAAUCAGCGUCGGUAAAAGCCCGGGAUCUAAAGGACAACGUUAAGGGCACUAUAGCGGCGGUCAAACGUUUGGCCCGUAAUCCUAUACUAAUGUUUCACUUGAUAGCCACUGCCCUCCGCUAUAUCGGUAACGGGGGUUACCAUAUAUUCAAAAGCAAAUACCUUGAGUCCCACUUUCAUCAAACCAGUGCCGGCGCCGGACUACUGACCGGCACGACAACCGUACCCGCUAUGGCAGUGGGUAUUAUGUUAGGUGGUAUUGCUAUCACUUGGUUUAAACCACGACCCCGAUGGUUAAUUAUCUAUAUGGUUUUGGUCGAGUUUUUAUCUUGUGGUGGUAAAUUAGGCGCUAUGUUUAUAAAAUGUCCCUCGCUCAACAUUGGCAAUUAUGGAGCCAGCAAUAGCGAAUUCACAAUGAAUGCCGGUUGCAAUCAGGGCUGCGACUGUACUACCAGGGUAUUUACGCCAAUCUGCGCGGCCGAUGGUGUGACCACAUAUUUUUCGCCGUGUUAUGCUGGGUGUCACUAUUUGGACAGACCCAACAAGACUUUAUCCGAGUGCGCUUGUAUUGGAUCAGGUGAUCAUGGUGUUGGUGGUGCGGCCACUACAGGUUACUGCAAAAAUGACGUUGGUAGUUGCAAUAAAAUUUUGCCCUACCUGUCCAUUUUAACGUUGGGCUCUGUGAUAGCGUCCACCGCUAGGACUGGUACUUAUUUAAUUAUAUUAAGAUCAGUCGAUCCGAAAGACAAGAGUUUUGCGAUGGGAAUGAUGUCUACUUUUAUGGCAGUAUUCGCCUUCAUUCCCUACCCAUUAAUAUUUGGUGCGAUUGUGAACUCGGCGUGUCUGGUUUGGAAGUACACGUGCGGUAAACGUGGUAACUGUUGGCUGUAUGACCCGGAUAAAUUUCGCUAUUAUUUACAUGGUACGGCAUUUGGUUUUAUGUUUACGGGGGCCUUGGUCGAUUUGGUGGUCAUUUUUUUGGCCAAUCGUAUUAAAAACUUUUACGAUGAGCCCACAAUCGAUGAAGUAGACAAAGGUGGUCACCCUAGAGGCGCUGAUGAUAAUAAUAUACAUAUGACUACUAUUAUCUAUAAUAACGGCAAUUAUGAA